AUGGCAGCAGAAACCAAAGAAGAGUUGGCGAAGUUCACGGUAAGCGUACAUUUUUUAUUAUUAAUAUUGGUUUAGAUUCCGCAAUUGAAAGAACGACUGAAGCAGCGUAGGCUACAAAUUAGUGGGACUAAGAACGAGCUUAUUAAUCGUUUGUACGAAUCACUGCAAGAAGAAGAGCUCCUUGGCGAGGGAGCGUCUGCUCCUCAGCUCGAAACCGAAGAAGACUUGUUGGGAAACAAUGAGGUGAGUUACAAAGGAAUUUAUCUUAUUUUAGUUCAGACAAAUGGAGAACAGCUCACGAAGAACGACGAAGACUUACUACUAGGAAUUGACGAAAAUAAGAAGCAGAAGGAAGAAGUAACCGUUUCAGAAGAAAGCAAAGAAAAGGUAUCGGAAGAUGGAGAUAAACCUCCGUCAAAUCCAGAAGUCAAGAAACGACCAUCGAUCUCAGCUCCAGAAGGCGUUCCGAAGAAGGUUACAUUAACUACCGAGGAUGCUAAAGCUAAGAGAGCGGCUCGAUUUGGGCUAACUGCAACUCCGGUUGCUAAAGCUGACACUCCUAGUGAUAAGGACAAGAAUGGCAACAACACGACAGAGAAGAAACCCGAAAUCAAGACAACAGAUCCUAAAUUGUUGGCUAGAGCUAAACGUUUCGGUCUGCCAAUUGUAAGUUUUUGUUGGUUGAAUACUUCUAAAUUGACUUUACUUCUUAUAUUACAGUAUUUAAAAAAAAUUUAUUAUAAAAAGCGGAGUUUCGAUAUUACUAAGCUUCUCAAUUUUGUUUGAACUGCAGUGAAUGGUUUCCCUUUUAUGUCUAUCACUUAUGUUUGUAUUUCAGGGGGCUGCCGACUCUUGCCCAGCCAAAGUUGCAAAGGGCAACGUAGAAGAGGACGAGAAGAUGAAAGCCAGACGGCUGCGUUUUGGUCUCUGA